GCUUCGCAUGACGUCACCUACUUCACUAGGCAGGGUUGCCGGGGAACAGUGUAACAAAAGUUGAAGUGGUUGCCGAGCAACACAGUGUAGCGAGUCCGAACAUGUUACCAACGUUAGCCAAGUCUGCCGAUGUAUGAAGGAAUAAAAAAAUAUAAACAUCUCAACGAACAUCAAGAUCAACGGAUGUGAGAGGAAAUAAAAAAGCGGGUAAAAUGUCAACAGCGUCAGUAAGGACAGGUGUCGUUCAGUACGGGCGGAGGAAAGGCUCGAGUAAACAAGCUGUGAGCUCGGAGGUGGAGAAAACCGAAGCAGAUCUUCGUCAAGUAGUGAUUUUAUCUAAAUCGGAGUGGCAGCGCCUGCAGGACAGUGUGAACGGGGUGAAUCAGCGCAACAGGAGUGUGAUCGCAGCGGCCGAACAGCGCGAGGCGCUGCACAUGCGCUCUAAAGAGCUCGUCAAACACUGGUCCAACACCAUCGCUGGACAGCGACAAAAAAAGCUAGAGGCGAAAAAAUUUCGAGAGGCGAUAGAAGAAGAGGAGCGGAAACAAAUUGACUUAGAAGAAGCGAAAUACCAGGCCCAGAUACGAAAGGAGGCCAUUGAGAAAGCAAAAACCCAGCAGUACUACCAGACCGACAGAGUGAAAGGCUUCCAUAGCGCUCUGUUGCUGACAGAGGUUCUGAAGGAAAGAGAGGCUCAGAUUGAGUUAAAACGCAUGAAGCAAAAUGCCAGCAAGGACAUAGACAGAGAUGUCGUGGCUGAAAUGGCUUACAGAGAAGAACAGGCCCUCCAGCAGGAGCGACAGAAGGCCAGACAGAGGAAACAAGACCAGCUGGCCACUGCUGAGAGCUUGAAACAACAGAUAAAAGAUCAUGAAAUGAAGAAAGAGCAGGAGAGGCAGGAGGUCAAACAUGAAGCUGAAGAAAUUGAGCGACUCAGAGAUCUUCAUCUGUGGGAACAGUCCAUGAAAGAGCACAAGAAACAGGAAGAGAAGGGAAGCGUGAUGAAGGCUCAUCAGGAUUAUUUGACCAAUAGAGAGCUGAUGAAAGCAACAGAGGCUCAGAGGCAGGAGGAAGAGGAGGAGAAACGCAAGCAGCUCGCCAAACAUAAAGAAAAAGUCAUGAAAAUGAGGAAAGAGAAGCAGGAGGAAAUAUUUAGAGAGCUCCAGAGACACAGAGAGACUAUUAUACAGAAGUUAGCAGUGCAAAAGCAGCAACAAGUCAGCAAUGAGGAAGAGAUCAUCGUGAAAGCGGUCGCUGAACGUGAGGCCAAAGAGGCCCGAGAACAGCGUGAGAAAGAAGAAAAACAUGCAGCCAUGUUGAGCUCCAUCGCUGCACACAGAGAGUCUAUGAGGAAAGAGCAGGAACGAAAGGCAGAGGAAGAGAAGCAGAAAGCUCUGGAGAUGCUGAAUGCAAAGAAGGAAGCAGAUAAAAUCUUCAUGGAAAAGCAAGAACUUCAAGCUCAAAAAGCUAGGGAAGAAGGCAAAUCACUACAGGACAGCUAUAUACAAGAGAUGGCUGAAAAACGUGCAAGGCAUCACCGUACGAAAAAAGAAGAGAAGUACUUUGUGGCUAAGAACACGGCUCUCAUUGUUGAGGAGGAAAACCAGUUUCAGAAAUACGCAGAACAGGUCAUUGAAACAGCCGGGAAGGCAGGGAGAAUCACCUACCCGCUCCUGAAGGCUGCCAGAGAGGGCAUCGGAGGGGGUCUGGGGCCCGUGUUCGGUGGACUUAGACCAAGUUAUCUAGUCCAUGAUGAGUCAGGUGUUCAGAUGCCCAGUUAUGUGAGUGGCACCACUCAAAACAUAAAAGAGCUGAACGAGACCCCUGACAUUCAGCAGUCCAAGAAAAGACUAGGAUUUACCUGGUAACACUUCACAACAUCAAGUUUUUUUUACUAUUGCAAUAAUAAAGAUUUUAUGCUAAAGAAAUUGUAAUUGCUGCAUUUUGAUUAAUGCAAACUGAUUCUGGCACAUUUACAGAAAUGUUGAUUAAUGUGUGUUGUCCUUAUAAAUAAAUAAAAUGGCUUUUUAACCCCACAAAGGUUUGCCA